AAAAAUAUAGGCUACUCGGUAGAGAGAGACAGAGCAUAUUGAGACACGAGCGCGCUCACGCACGCACGCACGCACGCACGCACUCAGACCCUCCUCAUUACUGUGAUUGUCAGUUCAGAGAGGCGGGCUCUUAUGGAGGACUGCUCUUCGGCUCUGCAGCGUCUCCCGCUGCCUGCUCUUCCUCCGCGCGCGUCUCCGAGAGCGCUGUGAUGUGAAUAUUAAUGAUGCUGCGCGAAUCUCCGCGCUCAUUUCCACAGCUUUCACCCAUCUGAGAGACACACAUGGAGGGCUAUUUAUUCAACACUGCUCAGUGAUUCCUGUUGGUUGACUUGGCACGCAGUAUCCUCUGCUUGUAUCACCAUCUGUAGUGCUCCGUACAGAGCUGCAUGAUUUGUUUUAGGUCCUGAGAGAGGCGUUUGUCACUGUCAUGUGAGCCUAACUUUGCUUUUUUAUACACUGUUUAAAGACAGGACAUUUUAAGACAGUAUGGCAGAAGCCCCUGUUGGAGAGGACGCACCCAAAGAGCAGGAGGAUGCCACCCCACUUACAGAUGAUCCCCUGCCAGAGGUUGGGAUCGCUCUAUGGGAAAGAAUAUUGAAAGCAAGUGUUACAGCCGGUGCUUUCCUCCUGCUGUACACACUGUCUCAACUCACAGGUUUGUGGGUCCUUUACAUGCUGAAUGGAUACCAGGCUUUUCCAGCAGCACAUAAAGUUUUGGAUCUCCUUCAGUACCUUCUCUCCACCAGUGAUGCCUACGGUCAACAGAUGGAGAUAUGGAGGGUGGAUAGCUUGUUGCCCCUCAUAGCCACACUCUUCUUAGGUGUAGUCAUCCUUGGUACUGGAACACUGUUCUGCAUUAAAACCCUGGUGCCUGGCAACCCGUCUUGCUUCCCUGACGACCGUCGUCAGUCCAUGAGCAGGCAGCCCUCCUUUACAUAUUCAGAAUGGACAGAUGCUAAGCAGGAUUUCUACGAGCUGGAUGCUGUUCCGGAGACCCCCGUGUUUGACUGCUUUAUGGACAUGAAGACCGAGGCUGACCCUGUCACUCUCUCUGUCAAACCUGUGGGCUUGCAGGAAAGGAGAGGUUCUAACGUGUCGCUGACGUUGGACAUGUGCACCCCUGGUACUACAGAGCCCUAUGGAGCGCUGCUGUCCCCUAGAGAGCAGAGCGCACAGGAGUACCUGCAGAACGCAUCCAACCUGCUCACCCCCGAGCAGCUGCACAAGCGCGCACUGGACGACGCUACACUGCAGGCCGAGUUCUAUGAAACACCCAUGAACUUUGUGGACCCAAAGGAAUAUAAUUUUCCUGGCGUGGUGAGGAAGAAUCGCUACAAAACCAUACUACCAAACACACACAGCAGAGUUUGCUUACAAGCAAAAGAGGACGGUGAUUUUCUCAGCACCUACAUCAACGCUAAUUAUUUGAAGGGCUAUGGAGGGAAAGAAAAGGCAUACAUCGCUACACAGGGUCCAACUGUAAACACAGUGGGGGAUUUCUGGAAGAUGGUUUGGCAGGAGCGCUGUCCCAUUAUUGUCAUGAUCACCAACAUUGAAGAAAAAAAUGAGAAAUGCACAGAAUACUGGCCAGAGGACAGUGUCAUCUGUGAAGGUAUCGAGAUCACUGUCAAACAGGUCAUCCAGGCAGAUGACUACAGUCUAAGGAUUUUCACUGUGAAGAGUGAGGGUGAGGAGCGCACUCUCAGACAGUACUGGUACACAUCCUGGCCAGAUCAGAAAACUCCAGACAAGGCCCCGCCUCUUUUGGACUUGGUUGAGGAAGUGGAAGAAGCGAGGAAACAGGCUCCGCCCAACAGUGGCCCUGUCAUUGUCCACUGCAGUGCAGGGAUUGGACGCACUGGCUGUUUCAUCGCUACCUCCAUCUUGUGCCAGCAGCUAAGCAAUGAAGGGGUGGUUGACAUCCUGAAGACCACUAGCCAGCUACGCUUGGACAGAGGCGGCAUGAUCCAGACAGCGGAGCAGUAUCAGUUUGUUCAUCAUGUACUCAGCCUGUAUGAAAGACUGCUUCAGAAGACCUCAGAAGAGUAAAGCCUCCAUGAGCGCACAACCUUCACAUCCCUCCUCACAGAGCAGUUGACCUUCACCCGAACACAUGGGGCUGGGACUGACCCUCAGUACCUAAAGUCUCAUGUCUUCAAACACACCAGAAGUUUAGGUUGAAUGCUAUUUUAGGAGCAGACCCAACAUUUGAUUUUAGUCCAAUCUCCAAUACAUAAACCCCACAUUGGUACACCAAUCAGUUAUUAAAUAUACUUUUUCUUUAUUCUUUGCCAUAACAGUAACACAACAGAGAUAUACAGUAGCGGUAAGUUCUAUCAUACACAAGUACUGCCCACAUAAUAACACUCCGCAGACCAUCAGUGCUCAAACAUGACAAUGUUUGGAUGCGUGCAUACUUCAUAUGCAGUGGUAUGAUGAACACAAUAACAAGCGGACACCAAGGCCUCCAUUAAUGAUGUAAAUUUAACAUUAGGUUUAGGGACCUCUUCGAUUUCUGAGCCUACAAAUACAGCAAUCUUGCUUUUAAUGCUAAGACAUUUUUACAGGAUUUAUAACUCAGUGUUAAGAUAAGAUUUGUUGUAAAGUGUGAGUGUACAUUUGUGUGCGUGUGAGAGACAGUGUCGCAGAAACAGAAGGAGAGAAAGAGGUUAUGUUUACUAUGUGUUCAAUGAUUAUCAGACUUUAACUCCGGAUGUGUGGUCGGUCGGUCUCUAGAAGAGGUUAGCCUACCACAUUUAAUACAAAAUGGCCUUAAUAUGUGUCUUUCUGUUCAUACUGGGGUCUGUAUGGUUGUGUGUCAAUGUUGUCGGGCAGAGCUAAAGGCAGUGUGGUGUUACAGCCUGUCAUCGUCUCAUCUGGUAAGACUGAGAGCGAGACAGAGACUGAUCUCCGUACAGAAUGAUGUACAUUUCCCCUCAGCAUACCUUUGCCUUCUCGGUUUGUGUGUUGUCGGACGCUAUAUCAUGUGAAACAUUUUAGUUGGACUCUAAAAAGCAUUGAUGCUGCACCUCAAGGUUUUAUGUAUCAAAAUGCCGAAACACUGUAUCCAACUAAUGUUAAAUUUGUAAAUCACAGCUUGUAUCAAUAGCUGAAAUAAUGACAAUGGGACAUAUAUAGUCGUGAUGUUUUUUUGUUGUUGUUGACAAUUUCGAAUUAUUUUAUGAGCUUGUUUUACUCUGGUUACAUUGAACAUUGUUUAUAUGUGGGUCUGCGUAUCUGAUUAGUUAAGAUGUAUAAUCAGUAUUUGCCCGAGUCGGCAGCUCGUACAGCUUUGCUGAGACUUGCAGUUUGCAUGAGCAAGUACUUUUUGAACUUCUUUUUAAUUAGCAAGGAAAUGUUUCAAUUGCUAGCAGACAUCUGUGUGUGAUUUUGUGCAAAUGCUACUGAUGCUGUUGGAAAUAAGCAUCUUCAGUCGACGGUCCCACGUGAUCCAGCUGGAAGUACCAAUGCAAGUUCUUCUUAGACUUAGACAGCACUGCUACCACCUUUAUUGUCUCCAGUUGUUCUUGAGCUAGUCAUAUGUCCUCAAAUUGAUGUUUCCUUCCAGGCAGCUCUGAGCUGAAAUUAGGAAGUUUACAGAAGCUUGAAAGCACCUCCUUGUUACACAAAAGAUUGUACUUUUUUUGCAAGUGUUGUUAGUCCAAGGCCUCAUGAUAGUUUGCCAGAUAUGAGAACGAGUUCCAUUCACAUGCUUUAAUAGCUGCUGUUAUAGUCUUGCAGAACUGCUUUCGUGUUUUAGUUGGUACUAAGUGAAUUUUAUUAUUUGUUUUAUUGAACUGACAUAUUAGUCCUAUUUAUUGAAAGAGUUUUGUCUGUUUUUGUGCUGUUUUCACACUGCCAAAGACUGUAGUGAUUGGUCCAUACCACAAAACCUGAACAAUCCUAAUUCUAUAUUUACACACUUUGAAAACUGAAGCUCUGACACCAACUUUUGGAAUUGUGUACAUGUAAGAAACCAGCAUUUAUAUAUUUUUAAAGUGAAAAAUCUGAAUUCCCACGGUAAAACCUGUUUUCUCGCUUACCCAGCCUUUUUCUUUGUACAGUUUAUCUUUUCUUACAUUGCAUGUUAGUCUAGUAUUUUGUGCCAUUGUUUGCUGACACUGAAUCCUCAUUAAAUAAUUGCAAAAUUAUUAAUUACAGUAAAUUGCAAGUACUUCAUAAUUUGCCACAAAAAUUUAGUUUUAUAGUUAUUAUUAUUAUUAUUAUUAUUAUUAUACACACUAAGGAUCAAAGGUUUGGAGUCGGUAAGAUUUUUUUGUUUUUGAAAGAAGUCUCUUAUGUUCAACAAGGCUGCAUUUAUUUGAUCAAAAAUACAGAAAAAAUGUAUUCCAUUGAUGACAAAGCUGAAUAUUCAGCUUCAUUACUCCAGUCUUCAGUGUCACACAAUCCUUCAGAAAUCACUCUAAUAGGCUGAGUUGGUGCUAAAGUAACAUUUAUUAUUAUUAGCAAUGUUGAAGUGUGUUGCACUGCUUCAUAUUGUUGUGGAAAUCGAGAUAGUUUUUUCAGGAAUCUUUGGUUAAUAUAAAGUUCGAAAUAACAUUUAUUUAAAAUAGAAAUCUUUUGUAACACUGUGAAAGUCUGUACUAUCACUUUUGCUUUAUUUUAUUCUAACAGUUUUAGACAUCAUAUGUGGGCACAGUUUUGUCUCUUAAUGGGAAACUAGUGUACAACUGAUCUUGUGAGUGAGUGAGAAAACAGGUUUUUACCUUUAAAGGAAUGUAAACACAAGCUCUAUUUACAGCAUUUAUGUCAAUUAUCACAGAAAAUAUUUUAGACUUAUCACUGUGUUUUUCUUUUAAAAAACACAAAAAUCCUAGUUUUGACAGAAUCGCUUACUGACAAUCUUCAUUCACUUUCACACGCUACGUGUAAGUGUGGAGGCAUAACCAGAUGUUUAUCUACCUAGAAAAGUAUUUUCUGAGGUAAUCACUAUAAUGGCACAAAUGCUGUGGACAGCGCCUAAAUGUAUUCAAAACCAGAACAUUCCUACGAGGAAUAAUUUUUGAAAUGUUGAACCAAAUCUCUGUGUGUCUGUUACAUGCUGUUUGUCACGCUGAUGGCCGUAGACUGGUUUUAUACAUUUUCUGCCAGGACAAAUUUGCUGAACAUUUCCAAAGUCGUCAAACUUGUCAUUUUCAGAACUAUGCUGUUUUAGGUCAGUGAAUGUAACCACUGUGAGGAAAUUCUAUUCUAAUAAGAUGAAGAGUGAAGCAGGCUGUUUGUGGCCUUAAAGAGAUAGUUCACCCAAAAAGGAAAAUUUUAUGUUUAUCUGCUUACCCCCGGGCAUCCAAAAUGUAGGUGACUUUGUUUCUUCAGUAGAACACAAAUUAUGAUCUUUAACUUCAGCCGGUGCAGUCUCUCAGUCGUACAAUGGAUGGCAAUGGUAACAGGAUCUAUGAGAGUAAAAAAACAAACAUGCACAGACAAAUCCAUAUUAAACCCCGCGGCUCAUGACAAUACAUUGAUGUGUAAAGACACAAAACGAUCGGUCUGUGCAAGAAACUGGACAUAAUUUAUAUAGUUUUUAUUUACCUCUGAUUCACGCAAUGUGCAAACUGUUAGAACUCUUGUGAACGCACUUCACAGCAGCAGGCACCUGAGGUAUCUUCUUCUUCUUGCUUUAUGGCGGAUCGCAGACUUAUAAGUGCAUUACUGCCACCUAUCUCUCAAAUGGACCAUUGACACUCCUAAUUGAAAUUGUAGAUAGUGUCAAUGGUCCAUUUGAGAAGAAACAAAGUCACCUACAUCUUGGAUGCCAUGGAUGCCCAUGCCAUUCCAAACCUGUAAAAGCUUAGUUCGUCUUCAGAACACAAUUUAAGAUAUUUUGGAUGAAAACCGGGAGCCUUUGUGACAGUUUGUACUUUGUACAAAAAGUAUUCUCAUUGCUUCAUAAUGUUAUGGUUGAACCACUGAUGACAGAUGGACUAUUCUGACGAUGUCUUUCAUACUUUUCUGGACUUUGACAGUUUAACUUACUUGGCAGUCUAUGGGACAGUCACAAGCCUCCCAGUUUUCUUCCAAAAUAUCUUCAAUUGUGCUCUGAAGACAAACAAAGGUUUUACUGGUUUGGAACGACGUGGGGGUAAGCGAUUAGUAACAGAAUUUUUAUUUUGGGGUCGAGUAUCCCUUGAAUCACCAGUGAUCACACAAAUAAAUCCGGUUUUCAUUGGGUGUACCAAUUUAAUAUUUUGAUGCAUGCACCAAACGCGAAUCAGGGUCAAACAAAACGAUUUGAAGUUAGAAUAAUUUGAAUCAAUGUUGUAGUUCACAGACUGAGAGAAGGGCCAAAAUAGCAGUUUAGAGAAGUCAUACCCCUCCCCCUGCUCACUGCCCACUCACUCUCAGUCGGACCCCACGUCCUACAGAACACUCCAUCUGUCGGGCUCGUCUGUGUUGCCAGAGAAGAGUAACAGACACACAGGCACCAGCAAACAAGUGUAUCAUUAUAUUAUACACACAAAUUAGAUCCUGAGACAAACUAACACUGAUUUUAAUAUAUUUAAAAGAGAGUGUGCUGUUUUAUGUUUAAAUGGAUACUGAUGUAAUCAUCAUGAACGACUCACUACCAGCAUAGUAUGUCUUUAUGCACUACUGUACAAAGCUAAAACAAGCACAAAGAUGAAAUACUGAUUUUAUGAAUGUGAAUGCAGAGGCUUGUACCUCGGCUGUCUUAAUUGCUCGUAUAUUUCAAUGCCACCUGAGUAUUUGACCUUUUACUUCUUCGUUUCACUCAAAAUAUUUUCUAGACUUUAUUUUCAGGAAAACCAAUAGUUGGUCUGUGUUUUGAUAUUUUAUGCUUAUUUAUUGUCCUGUGAUUUUGGUUGAAAUGUUUAGCCCCAGCCCCUCAGUCUCAAAAAAAGAAGAGAUGUUUUGUUUUCAUUUUAAUCCUGAUCUAUAGUGAAAUAGAUGUGGUUUAAAAAAAUCAAUUUGCCUCAUUGCUUUCGUAUUGUUCCUCUGCUGUUGAAUCCAAAUAGAAUGUAACACGACUAAGUUUACAAUAUCAUGGCUUGUAUUAUUGGUAUAAGCUUUAAUUUUUAAAUAAAAAUGCCUUUCUGUUAAUCAGGA